UAGAAACCUACAAAAUUUCAUGAAUGCAGCUGGCCUCGCGGCGCACGGCCGUUAGAACUUGCUGUAGCACCGCAUGCGUCGUCGCCGCGGCCGCAGCGGUCGCAUGCGGGCAGCCCUUUGCAUCGUGCUAGCCGCCGCGCAACCUCCCGAGAGCGUCCUGCGCAAGCGCGUCGCGGCGGAGUACGUCUACGUCUACGAGAAUGGGGGUGGGCAACGGACGAAUGGACCCCCUGAUAAGUGGCCCGGCCAGUGCAAGGCGCCGUGGCUCAUGACGGAAGAGCUCGCCGUCUGCUGUGCGGGGCGAUGUGCCGAGUUCUGCCACGAGCCAUGUACGGGGAUAGGCGGGUUCCACGUCUCGAACCCUCCCUCGUUGUUCGACGGGUGCUGCGCGAAUCAUGUGGUGGAGAGUGGAAGAGUGUGUGGCGAGUCGGAGCCGCCGUGUUACACGACCGCGCCCCUCACCAAAGAGGCUAAAACUUCUACGAUUGCGCACGUGGCCAUCGCCGCGGGGCGGACCCACGCCCUUGGAUUGGUCGCCGCUGCUAGAUCGGUGGUCGACGCUUCUGCGGAACCGAAGAACCUCCGCCUCUACCUCGCCACCGAUUUAGUAGAAGGUUCUAGAGCGCGCAGCGUCCUGGAGCAGUCCUUGAAAUGCGCUCUACCGAAUGUACGCUACGAACUCGCGCUGGUCGAUGCCUCUAUCCUCGCGAGACAUAGUGAUGUGGUCGCGAAAGUGCUCGGCCACGACCGCAAGGAGCCCAUGAGCGAGACCUCUCGACGGUUAAGAUCAUCACCGGUGAACUACGCGCGCUUCUUCCUCGAGGAGCUCUUUCCCUCGCUGAGUGGGAAGAAGGUCGCGUACCUCGACCCUGAUGUUUCUGUGUUUGGUGAUGUUGCUCAUUUGAUCGACGAAGCCUUCACGGGCGAAGCUGUGUUGUCUGAGCACGACCGGAAGGCUCGUAGAACAGAGAAACGGCCACGACCCGCCCUAGCGGCCACCACAAAAACGAAGCACAAUCGUAUUUUAUCAGCCUUUUAUCAAUCGAGGCACAAUGAGGAGAGAAAAAUCGCGGAGUUCAACGCCGGCGUUGCGGUCUAUGAUCUUGCCGAGUGGAAGCGCCAGAAACUGACGAGGGAGGUGGAGGCGUGGAUUAGGGCCUCCUUCGAAGGGAACAGUACCUUGAGCGACCAUCCCACACAAACACCUUUAACAUUAGCGGUGGCGUCGAACUACUAUCCCAUUGACGUCAGCUGGAAUUGCCCGAUCCACGGCGGCCGGAGCGGGACCGCCAUGCACGCGGAUCCGGUAUGCCUUUCUCGACCGAAGAUCCGCCACUUUACCGGUACUAGAAAACCGUGGUACCCGCUGGGGCGGCUGCGGUUCCUGUGGCUGCCCCACGUGAGGCCUCUUCGGUCUUGUCUUGUGGAUUUGUCGAAUCUGACGGGGGGAGGACCGAUCCUGUAAUUGUUACAACACUUA